UGCCUUGCCAAUUUCGCGUACGGUCGGCGCAAGGGACGGCGAGGUCCUCUCUCUUUAUAAAUUAAGGCAAACGCGUCGAGAACUCCCUCGCGACCCGAUUCCAUUUCCUCAUCCUCUUCUUUCCUUUGCUUCGUUCCCACCCAUCCUUCCUCAAACCCCUUAGUUCCUCUCCCUUUGAUUUCGUUGUACCUUUCUUUUGAUCGGAGCAGGAAAAUCUUGGAUUGGGGUUUGGGAGGAGAUAUGUCGUACGCCUACCUCUUCAAGUACAUCAUCAUCGGAGACACGGGAGUUGGGAAAUCAUGCCUUCUGUUGCAGUUCACAGACAAACGAUUCCAACCUGUUCAUGACUUGACCAUUGGUGUUGAAUUUGGGGCUAGGAUGAUUACAAUUGACAACAAACCCAUAAAGUUGCAGAUAUGGGAUACGGCAGGCCAAGAAUCUUUCAGAUCUAUAACGAGAUCUUACUACAGAGGCGCUGCAGGUGCACUACUAGUCUAUGAUAUCACCAGGAGGGAGACGUUUAACCAUCUUGCAAGUUGGUUAGAAGAUGCAAGGCAGCAUGCAAAUGCUAAUAUGACAAUUAUGCUGAUUGGAAACAAAUGUGAUCUGGCUCACAGAAGAGCUGUCAGCACUGAGGAAGGCGAGCAGUUUGCUAAGGAGCAUGGCUUGAUCUUUAUGGAGGCUUCUGCAAAAACAGCUCAGAAUGUUGAGGAGGCAUUCAUCAGCACAGCAGCAACAAUAUACAAGAAAAUUCAAGAUGGGGUCUUUGAUGUAUCAAAUGAGUCUUACGGAAUCAAAGUUGGAUAUGGAGGAAUCCCAGGUCCAGCGGGAGGAAGGGAUGGCUCUUCUUCUCAAACUGGUGGCUGUUGCAGUUGAGCUCAUUUCCUUCAGGUCCGGCAGGAGGAAGAGAGAUGGUUCCUUUUCUCAAGCUGGUUCAUGUUGAAGAAUGUUAAUCUGACGUAUGAUAUUCCUUAUUUGUUGUCUUUCUCCAUCAGAACGAUAGUCCUUUUCUCCCCGCUUUGUCGUCUUCUCCUUGCAUUUUCAGCGUUUGGAUCCUAAGUAAAUAUUGUAUAAUCCUUGUGCAUCAUACCGUUUGUGUUCCACUCAGUUAAUUGUAUGUGCUUUAUGGAAACUUGAAUUGAUUACAAUUCUUUUCCAGAAAUUGCUUGA